AUGGAAAUGGAUGAUGAAGCGACAUACACACAUUUCGCCCAUCGGGAGGCUUUCUUUGACUUAUUCAACAAGUUUCUGGAAUGCCGUCUGGAUGAGGCUCUGGUAGAACAAGUUCAGUCGGACAGCGAGGAACGCUUGGUAGAGUCGAUUGGAGCGAUCCUGGAUCUUUACCUACCCCUGCCGACUCUGCUGGAUCCCCAUCUAGAUGCGAUCGUCCCGCCACUAUUUCAACUGUUGCGUCAACAUCUUGCUAGCAGGUUGGAGAAUGAUGAACAACAAUCCAAGAGACCGCAUAUCACCCUGGUUCUGUCAUCCGAAGCACGGUUGGCAAGGGUUGGAAAGGUGAUCAACUGGGUGGUCAAAGUGAGAGGCCGGAAAGCAGUCGUAUCUCACUUGCCAUCCGAGGUGCAUAACCUUCCUCUUCUCUUGCGGCUAUUUUCGCGCUCGCCAACCGGGACUCUUUACCAUCCGAUGAUAUCAGCACCGACAUCGUGGGAACUCCGGUCAAUAUUGUUACUAUGGCUGAGCCUUCUGAUGACCGUACCCUUCAACCUAUCGGCCUUCGAUGAAUCCAUUGCAAGCGGGUCUCCAGAAGGGAUCUCUCGGACGGCGACCAAAGUGCAGGACCUCUGCUAUCCGCUGCUGUAUAAGCCUUCCAAAGAGGGCGAAUACGCUGCCUUAGCUUUGGCGAGGCUAUAUGCCCGGCCGGACUGCAGGAAUGGCCUGCAGCCGUUUCUCGCUUGGAUUCGUUCCGAACUAGAGAAACAGGAUGGGCAGGAUGAUGGACUUGAAGCGAUCUUUCUGGUCAAUGUUCUGGCUUUCCUGUCCAUCAUUCCCGGCUUGCUGCCUUCGGAUUCGCUCCACGACAAGUUACAAGACUUAAGGCAAUUUCACCAAGAGGUUUUGCAUCCACGAUUUGAACAUGACCAGGGUGUUUCUGCCUCUUCGAGCCUUCUCCGCAAGAUGGCCGUUAAAUCAGAAGGUCGAUGGUGGAUGAUCAAGCUGGGUUCGAACAGGCCGACGGAAAAGCGAUCGGUCAAAAUAGUAACAGGGGGAUCUUCUGGCCCAACCGACGUACUUCGUUCUUUGGACCACCGGGUUUGGAAACGCCAAGACCUGAAUGACGACGCUGAUUUCGAGCCGCCAGAAGGUUUCGAGGAGGAGAUAGAAAGUCUUUUGCAAAGCCUUUCAGAUAAAGAUACUAUCGUCCGGUAUUCUGCGGCGAAAUACGUGGCUCGUUUGGCAUCGGUACUACCUCAAGAUCUGUCAACACAGAUCAUAGAGGCGGUUAUCGAUUUGUUCAACGGGUCGGAAUUUGAGCCUGUGGCAGAGACCGACCGGGGGAGGAUCUUGGACCCGGGCGGUGGAUCUCGCGGUGAUGCGAGAUGGCAUGGGGUCUGUCUCGCGUUAGCCGAGACAGCGCGAAGAGGCCUGAUCGAUGAAGAGCGCCUCACUGAGAUGUUGCCAUGGGUCAUCAAGGCUCUCACUUUCGAUAUCAAGCGAGGGGCACAUUCUGUAGGGUCAAACGUGCGGGACGCUGCAGCGUACUUGAUCUGGUCGUUGGCGCGCGCAUCCGAUCCUCACAGCAUGCGGCCCUUUGCUCGAGAGAUCGCUAUCAAGUUGGUCGCAGUAGCCUGCUUCGAUCGGGAAGUUGGGAUACGAAGAGCAGCAAGCGCUGCUUUCCAGGAGCACGUCGGACGUAUGGGCCUCCUCCCUCACGGCAUCGACGUCCUUCGCAAAACGGACUUUUACUCUGUCAGCGUAAGGCGUUCAGCAUUCUUAACGGCAGCGAUAGAAGUCGCUCAGCACGAUGCUUAUCGGUCUGCUUUGAUCGACUGUCUGCACUACACUACGCUCCGUCACUGGGACCCUGCAAUACGGACAUUGGGAGCCUCAUCAUUAAGGGAGAUGUGCAAGAUCAAGCCGCGAGAGGCCGCAGGUCAUUCGGCGAUCGAUAUCGAGAUCGCUCACCUGAGCUCAGUCGAUCCUAACAAUAUCCAUGGCGCUCUUGCCGCGUUGACCGAGCUAGCGGGCUUGUACAACUCGGAAGAAGAAACGCUGACAAAGAUUCUAGGUAGCGUGCAAACGAUACGGGCAUCUGCUUGGCUAACGUUCGGCUCGGACCUACUUCUGGAAGCUGCUGCGAGUUGCAUAGUCGCAACAGCAUGUGCGCUAUCUACUGGGUCGCCAGAUAUCAAGACGGUCUGCAUGAAGAUCGUGCAUUUGGGCAUGCAAAACAAGAAGGAAAACGUUCAGGCCGCCGCAGCAGAAGCAUUUGGCGCUUUCAGCCGAUAUCAAGACUGCACACAGGAAAUCACGAAAUAA